UUGAGAACGUGGAGCAUCUGGCCAGGUUGAGUGAUGAAUACGAGGUAAAGUCUAUCUUUGAAAGUUGCGUCCAAUUCCUUAAGAAGCAGUCUAUAAAAAAGGGAAAUGUGAUGAAGAUUCUGAGGCUUGCUAACUUGUACGAGCUUCAAGAUAUUCGUCAGAAAUGCUACUUUCUGCUCAUGAAAAUGAGAUUACAACCCAUCCUUGAAAUUAUUCAGGAGCAUGAUGAUGUCGACAAAGAAGAUGUACAAAAUAUCUUAAUCCAAAGAAUUAAGUACUUGGAAAGUUUUCUUGAUUCACUAUAUCCUCAUUUUAUGGGGAUGGUGGAAUGCGGUUUUUGGCUGUGGUAUGAAGGAAAGCAGUACAUGAAGUGGUGUCCUAUGCAUUUUGAUGGGGGCAGAUCAAGCAAAAAAAUCGAUGAGCGGCUGCAAGAAUGUUCAGUUUGUACGAAAAUGUUGAAUACAUUUAAUGAGAGUCAUUUCUAUAAGUUCAGCUACGAGCGAUACGACUAUGAGUCAAUUUUAGAUAGAAUGAACCUUCAAAUAGAUUUGCCGAAUUUAAUUCUUGAGAUGGCUGCUAACAGAGUUACCUUCGUCAGUCAAACGCUCUAGGUCAGUCAGGGUGAUGUCUUUGAAAGACAAUCGAGCGUUUUAAGCUGAUUUUCAGUACUAAUAUUAUAUAAAUGACUGAGCUUCGAAUGCUCUAGUAGAUGCUGUUUAUAUACCUAUACCGUUUCUAACCAUUUAAUAUUUAUAUAAAAGAUGUAAACAGUUAAAAUAUUUGUGCAUCGUACUGCAGGGAUAAAUGCUUUUAAAACAAUUAGGCUAAACAUCAUACACUGAUUGAGUCUUGUGAACGAGAUGCGGUUUAAUGUUAUACAACAAAUUGCCACAACUUCACGGAUCUUUAAUUUCAGGAAAAAAAUUAAUGAAAUGUUGCAAAAAGCACUUCUUCUCUAGAUUAUUACUUUUUUCACUGGGUAAUGCAGUCUCCGUAUUCUAAAAAUCCAGUCUUGAAUGUCAAAGAGGUCUACUUCAAACUUUCUCACAUGUCUUGCUGUUUAUUGCACAGACGUUUCCCCUUUCGGGCUUUUUCAGUGAACAAACUCGUCGCGUAAACAAAAGCAAAAAAUGAAAAACAGACAACAAACACGACGGUUGUUAUUGCGGAACCUGGCAUGGGUGAAAACAACUUUAUGUAUAAUAUAUCUAACUGGUGAUUUUUUUGUAAACGUGGCUUCACCGACUCUCUGCAGUUGCGCAGUAUAUAUGACUUUGGUACCAGGAAUUCACCCUCCUCACCCAAGAGCCUGAAUGGCUGUCUGCUCAUUCCCCUGAGCUCUGCAAUUAUCAUGAUAAUUAUUAUCAGCCGGAGGCCUGAUUGAGCUGAUUCGGUUAAAAGUAAAUAAGUUACUUCUCAGUUAAAGCCUCUGAUCAAUUAGUGUUACGGUGGCGUCAAAAAAUAACAUCCGGUCCUACCCCACCCUCUGGUGUUUGGGGAGACAAGCAUAAUGUAACCUUAAUGUCCAGUUUGCAAGUCUUGCAGAAUAAGGCUGCUAAAAUGAUUUUAGACAGACCUCUUUAUUCAUUUGCUACGUAGACGCUUGCCACUCUUAAGUGCGUUCGUUAGAAAAAAGGCGUUUUCAGAGAAGAUGUAUUUAUGUUUAUAAGUGUUUAAAUGGACUUGUUGAACAUGAUAUGAACUUCAUAAGACUGCAAGAACAACAUGAUUAUAACACUAGAACAAGCUAGAACUAAGCUAAAUUUCAGACUUCCAAAGGAAUUGUGGAAAACAACGUACUGCAUUUCAUGCCAUCAAGUAUUUUAACUCCGCGAGCCAGGCAAUGAGACAAUCCGUGCAUCUAUAUAUAUUAAAACUUAAUAUUUUUAAAUUUGUAAUUUAAAUGAAUUUAAGGUUACAUCUUGUACUUUUUAAUAGUUUUGACCAGGAGCCGAUAGUAAUCGGCUCCUGUUUUGACAUAUUUUAGCUUUUUAACGCCUUCGUGAUUUGUAUAUUUCGUACUUUUUAAAUUUUUUAGAUCCUUUUUGAAAACCGUAUUUUAUAUGAAAAAGUUAUCUCAAUAAAGACUAUCAUCAUUCGAAGCAAAUUUUUUUCUCCUUUCAUUGGGGACAGCCCACCACGUGACCUGCAAAUAACUGCCCACAAAUAAUGGUCUGCUCAUGCGCAAUGCCGUCCAACUGUGUUUGGCUGCAACUAAUAUUCUGCACAUGCGUAAAGGAAACCGUGCUUUUCUCCUUCUUGCGAUUGCUCUUGCGUGAAAAUGGCAGAUGGCUUCGCUUCCCGAGGAUAUUCAUUAAAAAACAAACUCGGUGAUCGAAUGAUAAAACAAUUAUUGAACUCGGUUAUCGCAAAAUAUCGUGAUUUGCCAGUGUCUCGCAGAUCAGUUAUUGGAAAAGCGCCCUGGGGACGAGGUUGUUUGCCUCAGCCUUCGGCUUCGACAAAUAAUUGAUCUGCUCGCCACAGACAAAUCACGAUAUUUUGCUCAACCUCGUCCAAUAAUUGUUAAUUAUUAUUACUCAGUGUUAGGGCUUUAUCUGGGCUAUCUGACCGUGCCGAUCAGGACGGCAAGCCGAGCAUAGCCUCCCACAAAUUUUUGACGCCUGCAUGCAGCCCCCGGGAUGCAGCCACGCUUUAAAGAAUUCACACAGAUAUACUCCAACACACUGUCUGCAUACCAGAACACAUAUUUCAACUACUGGAUAGCCGGAUUUCUGCCAUGUUAGCCCUUCUUAUUAUGCAUGGUUCAAUUUUGCUCGUAACCAUGCGCCCCCGGGCACACCCCUGGGGAUUGCAAUUUUUUUCUUUUUUAGAGGUCUAUUCCCCAUCCACCGGCACGCCGCGUGAGAAGGAGGCAAUUACCCACCCGAUCGACCUCAUAUAUGUUUUUUGCAACAUCUUUUUGAUCCGUACAAAAGCAAAACGACACGUUUUCACAACUUUUAUGUACCUUUUCCAGGGUUUAUUGACAGUACGAUAAUGGAUGUCAUAAUGUAGUUAAAACAUGAACAAUUGUUGGUUUUCACAUGACGUCACUAAAAUUCAAACUAAAAAACUAUCGAUCCUACUGAGAUUUUACUUUAACGAUGCAUAAGAGCAGCUGAAAACUAAUUUUCAUACAAAUUUUCGCUUCAAAAGGGUUCUUGGUUUUGUGCGGAUAGAGUACGCUUGAAUUUCUAAGCUUUUGCGUGACGCGACAUUUACAUGACCUGCAUGACGGCCAAGAGAGCUGUCAUGUAGGUUAAAAAAAAUUACUUAUUUCAGGAAUGUUGCUAUCUAAACAGUUCAUGUAUUAGAAAAAGUAUUACUUUAAUGUUUAUGAGUUUCUCGAAGAAUAAAUUUACGCUUUUGUAGCAAAACUCGGUAACAGAUGUUUCUGUUGGUUUCCGUCCGCUAUGUUGGAGCUCAUCCAGGUGAGGUGAGCACCAGCAUGGCGUCUCCAUACAAAUCUCUAUAAGUUUAGGUAAAACAUGUCUUCGGAUAUCUCGUAUAAGAAAUGUUCCUCUGACUUGAAUCUUGGCGAAGGUCUUUGUAUAUGUACUUCCUUUCAUUUCCCAGAUUCUGGACUUUAUCUAUUAAACGGUUUUGAUUUUUCUUUUGAUCUAUUUUGAAUGGCGUGACACUGAAAACCAGCAAUAAAUUUGAAAAGGAAAACGAAGAAGAAAAACUCUUUAAAAAGCGCUUCCUUGAUAGAACUAGCCUGCGUAGCAAGCGCUUGGAAGUAGUGGGUGAAAGAGAGAACGGGCGCGCGCGAGAAGGUGUCUCCUUCUCGCGCGCCCGUUUUUUCUUGUGCCCACUACUUAGAAGGGCCUCCUACGGAGGCUAUGAUAGAACACUUCAUGAGAACACUGGACCGAAUAAGCACAUUGGUUAAAUACAGACUUUAAUUUUCAUAAGAUAUUUCUCCCAAACCACUCUCCGACAAAUUUCUUCCAAAAAAUACGUAAUCUUGAGGUCCGCAGUCAUUGUGUAAACCGCGCGAGAAAUAACACAUACUUCGCAAAAUCAAAGAGGAGAUAUUUUUUAUUUGUCCCACUCUCCUACCCCAGGGACAGAACCGCUUCAAACAAUUCCCCACCCCCGGGACCGAAGGGCUGGACUUGUCCCAGGGGUUGCCUUGGGGUGGGGGAUGGUAACAAGUAAAAUUGAACUACCGGUAUGCAUUAGGGCUUCGUCACGCGUUGCUUCCCCACGAACGUAUGCGGAGGAUUGUGUGACGUUAACUCGUGCCAGCUCUCGCCGGUCAGAGUUGGACGCCAUUGCAAGCGCGUGAUUGCUUUCUAUCCUUACGGCGGUAAAACGGAAAAUAUAUCUAGAAGUUCUAGUUGAAGACCACUAUCUACUAACGGUAAGGUUAAUUAACAUUGUUUAUUUUACUGAAAAUGUUACUAUAUAGCCAAAGAUUCCUUCGUUUGCUGAGUACUUAGUAGCCAUUUAGCUUAAGCAUGAGUCUUGCAUUUGCACAAUGCAAUGAGGCGAUCAGAAAAUAACAAUGCUUUUGACUAACUGAAGCUUCUAUUAAAACUCGUGCAUUUCAAAUCGUUUCAAAUUGUUUGACAUUCUACCACUCAUGCAGGCAACGAGAAAAUAAUUGGUACAGAAAUCUGCUAGUACAGCCUUUGUUUAGUCCUGAGUGUUCAGUUGAUAGAAUUGAUAAUCGAUAGUGAUCGAUAACAUGUACAAUUGAUAAUAUUAGUUAAUUACAAUGGAAAUCAAUAAAAGUCAAAUAUUAAAGAAUUUUUGUGAGUAAUCGAUCACUUUAUUUGUGUUUUUGAAUGUACAAUGGUAAAUCUCGCUACGUAUACGCAAUGUACAAAUGCUUUUUGAGAUUGGAUUAUUCAAAAAAAAGAAAAAGAAAGAAAGAAAAAAUAAAAUAAAAUAAAAUAAAUCAAAAUCGCAUUAAGUCUGGGCUAUCCCGAUUCCUAUUUCCACAACAAAAGAUGUAAUAUGUUGCUCUAAUGGCUAUAUUUAUCAUUUUCUCAAUUGUAUAAUAAUAAUCAUCAUCAUCAUCAUCAUCAUGGCCAGAAAUCGGAUACAACAUGGCGGACAGUCAUGCGCGCUGCAGGCAAUUUUGUGAACUUUAAACAUUUCAACCGAACAAAGCUUUAUAUGAGAAAUGUACAAACUGCAUCCGUACCAGGCGAAUGUAGUGGAUAGUAAAAAUGAGCACAUCUAAUCCGUCAGAAACAAUGCCUACUUACAUGAAUUCUCACGAUCCAACAAUUUGCCUAAGUUAGGCCAUGAUUGCAUAACUUUUUAGACUUUAAUGGCGACUUAGAUGUCUUAAAUCUGCCUUUGUUUGCCAUGUUCCAUGCAUUACAAGACCGAUGUGAGCCCAUGUUUACAAAUUGUGCACGUCAGAUCUUCUUCCACCAUGAUCGAUCAUCCAUUUGAGACCAAUUUUGAGGCACAGAAGGCUGUUUAAGCGUGGCCAAACGGCUCGCAAAACCCAUUAUUAUACGUUUUUUGUUUGUCGGUCUCUUGGAGGAAAUGACCGCAAUGAUAAGCAAAAAACUCGAGUGAAAUCGAGUGAAAAUAAUAAAACUCUGAACAAAAACAGUCGCAAUCUUUGAAGGACUCUGAAACCAAGCUUUUUUGAUGGAUUCCCACUGUACAGAGCUGUAAAAGCUUUGCAUCCUCAAGCAAUCAUGACUUUGCGAGACAAAGUGAUGUUACUCGGUGUGAUAGUAAGGCUGUUGAUUGCGCAAUGAUGUAAUAUCAAGAAAUCUUCGGUUUUUCUUCUUUUGAAUAUGCAUAUUAUUAGAAGUAGUUGGCAAAUGCUAUAUUUUCAGUGCUUAAUCAUAAGAUUCUACCGUUUUUCACUGAUUUUACCAAAAAGAAAGAAAAAUAAUUACUUGAGCCCACACUUCAUCCCACUGUCUGUCUGAAAUUUCUGGCCAUGAAUAAUAAUAACAAUAAUGAUAAAAAUAAUACUAAAUUAUUAUUAUUUAUUUAGUGCUAUUAUUCAUUCAAAAUAUUUCCCCAAUUCUGAUUGGGUUAAAGCGCGUGCAUAAUUCACCAUAACCAGCUACUGAUGACCAAAUUUGGAAGAAUUUUUUAAUUAAUCAACCAAUGACGACAAAAGUGCAGCUUCCUUGCAGGUUAAUGCACCGUUAACCGAGAAGACCUGGGGAUGAGGUUAAGUUGUUUUGGUUGUGAAAACAAAAAUGGCAGACUUUUUACUUGUUGCUAGAAUAAGAACUAGGCAAAGUAAUAGCUAAAAUCAUGGCAAGAACAGCAAGAAGACAACUCAAAGAGCGACAUCUGCUAUUUGGAGAAUAUCUGCAGAGCUUAACAACUCUAAAUGUGUCCUAUCGAAGAUGAACUUAACAUCGGUGGAGGUAAGCAUGUUUUAGCUAUGUUUUUAAACUAGGAAUUAUUUUGAAUUAAUGAUAAAAUAAUUAUUCAAUUCAGCUUUCAUAUCAUAGGAUGAAUUAUGGAGAUCUCGGAGGGUGUUAUCCGCCUCGGCCGAUAACACCUUCCUUGAUCUCCAUACAUGCAAUUCUUCAUGAGAUACUCAGCCUCAUUCAUUAAUUGUUAAUUAUCAAUUUUUAUCAAAAAAUGUUGAACUUAUUGAUAUUACCAUGAAACAAAAAAAACCAACAUGGAUCAAAAUCAACCAAAUUAUUAAAACUUAUUUCUACUGAGUGAUCAAUAAAAUCCCUAACAUAAUUAAGAGCCAUCAAUUAGUCAUUAGGUUUUCUGAUAUCAGUUCUUAGCAUUUAAACAUGCAGGGUAGUGUAAGAGUACCUACAGCUGCUCAAAAUUAUACUCACAUUAAAUUUUUCUAGCCUAGGUUGAUGCUUAAUUUCCCUUGUCUCGUAUCUCCUAUUUCCUGUCUCCUAGCCCUAAAGGCAUAAAUAAUAAAUUAAAUUCCUAGUGAGUUAAAACAUCUUCCCCUAUAAUUCAAUUUUGUCCUGCCACAUACCCACCCAUGGGGUAUAAACACUCACGUACAUGCACAACACUUCUGUAUUGGGUUUACAUGUAGGUGCAAAUGGUAAACCGUCCUUUAGGUUUUAUCAUGGGCAGAUUUAGGGGUGGGCCAAGGGGACUGCAGCCACCACAUUUUCCUUGAUACACUGCAUUUUCUAUUUAUUUUUAGAAAAUUCUCAGUAAAAUAAAAAGCAUUGGCAAAUGUCCCGUCCAAUGUAAUUUUAAUUUUUUGGAUCCAGCCAUAUUUAUCUCAAGAUAAAUUUAGCCUACUAUAGUCUUAUUGUUUUUUGUUUAUGUCUUUUAAAAUCAUUAUUCUUUGUAUUCUUUUACCUAAUCACCAGUUUUGUUUUAUUGCAGUAACAUGUCAGUGAAACAAUCAUUCUUGGAUUUCCGUGUCACACCAGAUGCCUCUGGAAAAUGGAUGAAACCAGCACAGGAAAAAAUCAGUGAAAUUAUCAAAGCUACCUUCCAAGCCAAUAAUUGCUUUAGUACUUCUUGUGUUACACUGUUUACAGGUGUAAAUGACGUGUGAGUGAUUAUUUCUAUACAUUUACCCUACCAUUAAAAUUGCAUAGACGUUUCUCACUAUUAUUGUUUCUUUAAUCACAGAGAGUGUACCCUUCGAUUAUUUCCAGAUGGUCUCAUAACAUUAGAUAUUGUUCAGUACAUCAAAGAUGUCAGUGAAGAAAAAUUACUCUGUCGACAGGUAAUUCUUUGGUACAUUUCUUGGCGAUUUAAUUGUCAAACAGUCUACAGCUGGAAUUCUUGCUUGUUACAAUGUGUUUUUUUAAAUAUUUGUUUCUGUUUAUGGCCACAAUGGAAACUAACAGAUCACCAGUUAAAUCAUGGUACCCCUAUAAGGUCAACAAUUCUUCCUCCCUCCACCCCCCUUACAAUGCCUUUUUAAAACAUCCCAUGAUACAUGAAGCACAAAAUAGCAGUGCAAUAAUAACACCUGACCCCCAAAGUCAACUUGAAUAAAGAUCAAAUGUCACAGGCUACUUAUAGAAGUUAUAAAACACACAGUAUUCUUAUCACUGCCAUUAAGAAUGCAUGAAUUUUUAUUUCAUUUUUUCAUUGCUCACAGUUGAGUGAAUUUAUUUUCACAGGAUUACACUGACCUUAAAGACAAGGUUGAUGAAGCCUUGUCUUGUGUGAAAGCAGAUUUUAUUCCUACCAUUUGUAGAGGACGGGACAUUCUAUGCUAUCAUGACACAUCAGAUGGCCAAUUUAAGGAAUAUGAUUUUGACAAGUUAGUAUUGUUGGUUUUCACAGUCAUACCGUCAAACAUCAAAAUCUAAAUCAUUCAAUAGGUAAAUCUAAGAAUCUUGGAAGAUUAAUAAUUAUGCAAACAGCGUACAGUAGAGCCAAGAUUAAGGUUCCCACAAAUUUGCACCUGCAAGAUACUCUGAGAAAUCAAAUGUUCUGCCCAAAUUUUUAGGCCUUUGUUCGGAGAUGCCAUUUUUGUAUCUAUUUAAGGGCCAUCGAUACACCAUCUGUAAACCAACAGAAGCAUGUCAUUUAGUUUUGCUACAUGUGUGGAAGCAUGAGGUCAUCUCAUAUAGUGUAACUCUAAUUAAGCCCCUUGAAGAUCCACAUACAAAAUCUUCAGACUGAUUUGCAGUGGCAGAUCCAGGGGAAGGCCCCCCCUUAAUUUUAGACCAAACUGAGGCCAAAAAAAAUGGUUUUGAGACCACCCCCCCUAUCUCAGGGUCUGGAUGACUGCAGCCCCUCCCCCUCCCCCCCCCCACCCCCUCAUCUGAAGGUCUGGAUCUGCCACUGGAUUGAUCUCCGUUCAUUUCAUACAAGUGUAUGUCGAAAGAUCAAAUUAUGUUCUUUUUGGUGAUCAUUUUAUUUAUUCCUUUAAUCUUUCUACAUGAGUAUGUUACAUACAUUACAUUGAUAUUACAAUGUACAUCAUGUAUAUGUUGGUCAUUCUUGGGACUUAAAGGUUAAGUAUGUUGAAAAAUACAUUUUCUAACACAAGGGCUGUUCACAUACUAAGAAAAAUAUAUUAAAAGAAUCAUGUAUACAUGACAGCUUUCUUGGCCACCAUUUAUAUCUAAUAUGCUGCAUCAUGAAGAAGCUUAGGAAUUUAAGCAUACUUUCAGUUCACAAAAUGAAGAACCCAUUUGAACUAAAAAUUUUUAAAGAUCCCAUCAUGCAACAUAUUUGCUUUAUUUGCUGAGCAACGAAUGUCGCGUGCAGAUGUCGAGGGGAAGGGGGCAUACAAUACGUUUCUUCUCCAGAAAAGGAGAGGGGUUAAAUUAGAGGGGGAAUUAAGGUGCUUAUAACCUUAUUUUUUCCUCCCUUGUCUUGUAAAUUACAGGGAAGUGUUCAGACACAAAUCACAGUAUCAGGAUAUCUGGAUAGUACAUUCUAAUCGUUUUGGGAACAUGCUAUUUCUGGAUCUUAAUGAGAGUAAGUGGAAUUGAGUUCUGCAGUAAGUAGACAUUCAUCUGUUUUUUUAAUUAACAAAAUCCUGCACCGUGAACAAAGUUUUCUGCUCUGAAGCAGCUGCUUAAAAGAAGGAAGAAUGCCAUUUAUACCUUGUUAUAGUGUAUAUUGAGCAUGUGCAAUUGUCUGGAAUAUUUUCUUUCUAUGGUUGCGUUCCUUUACGAUGAUCUGGAUUAGGAUCAGUGAUCCAAGAUCUCUUCGAUCAUGGUACAUGUACAUGUACAUCAAAUAUGUUCCUACUAUUAAUUCAGAUCUUACUCUUUGGCUGUAAAUUGAUGGGAGAAACAGGGACAAUAUGAACCAAGAGAAUUGAAGGUUAUUAUUCAGCCCUUACUAAUUUUAUUCUGUAAGGUGCAUUGGAUGCUUUUGCAAGGUGCAGGGUAAGCUGCUGAUAAAAAUUAUUGUAAACAGUCUAAUAAACGCCAGGGGCAUCUAUUUAAUUUUUUGAGCCUAAGCUGGGGUAUUCAAUACAUGUAGAUAGGAGGCAUUUAAAAAAUAGAAGAAGUUGUUCUAAUAAUUAUAGAAAAAAUCUCAAAAAUAAUUUGCUUUGAAAACUAUUUUACAACAAACAGAAUGAACUUCCACCUAACAACACUGUAUGUAGUCCAUCUAUUGAUAUGUUUAGGCCGUUUGGAGAUCCAUAACAUUUUUUAAAGCUUGACUUCAAUGUCAGAAUCCUUUCUUUGAACUAUUUCGCUAUGUGCUAGUAUUUUGGAGCAAGAGUGAUCAUUAUGGUUAAAGAAAUGUAUCUUUCUUGUACUGUUUUUCCUAUUUGUACCUUAACCUGUCCUUUGCCUUAAGUGACUGACGUUACUUGUCUUCACAGUGAUAGCAGAAGGAGAUAUUGUUUACACAAAAGCACUGCUUGGAAAUGGCAGAGAAAACUACAAAGAUAAAGAAAUACUCAUUUUAGGAGGAGGAGAUGGCGGGGUACUGCAUGAGCUACUAAAGGAAUCUCCAAAAUUUGUCACCAUGGUCGAGAUAUCCUUGAAAAACUGUUGCAAGUUAGAGGUGCAUGCAAAAAGUUUAAGACAACAUCUGACACGUAAAUUAUCAUUGAGUUUUUAUUUAAAAUGAAUACACUCAAACACCUCGAUGUUAAUUAAAACAGGGGUUAUAUAUUUAGUUAAAAAGGACAUCCAAACACUAAAGGCCGGUUAUUUAAGCGGAGUUUAACGAGUGUUUAACUACACCCUUGCCCAUGUUUCCACUUAUGAACUGAAAUCCAAGCUAAUAAAACAAAAAAAAAAUGCGGGUCAAUUUAGGUUUCUAGAAAACUGACCACCUACCCCUCCCCUAAGUCAACAUUACAAUGAACACUUACUUCUCACUUAGGGCAAAAUGUUGGGUCAGGGGAGGGUUAGGUAGGCAGUUUCCCAGAAAUCUAAAUUGAUCCAAAAAAUUAAUGCCUUAGAAGUUCAGACCACGUUAGAGACUUAUAGUCGAAUUGAACACAUACCUCACAAUUUUCGAAAUGGUCAGUCUUUAUACUGUGGGAAAGUUACUUUGUAAUCUCAUAAAUAAAUGUAUCAAGAUCCUCGUAGUUAAGGUCGCAGGUUGUAGACCCAAUGCAAAAAUCGGCAGAGUAAUUCAUAUUCUUUUGUUCAUAUUCAAAUUAGCCUUUAAAAAAAGAAUACCUUGUCUCAAGCGAGGCUAGUCAGGCUGAUUUUAAUUUAAACAAAGAAUAUUAAUCCAGCAGCCAUUUUGGCACUGGUCCAUGCAGUUGCGAAAAGAAAGCCUGAAAAACUUCAGGCUGUCCGGGAUUCAAACCCUGACUUCUGUGAUACUGACUGGUGCAGCGUUCUAACCAACUGAGCUAGCAAGAGAACUGAAUAAUAUACCCAGGAAAGGUGAAGAUGAAAUAGUGAAUAUUAAAUCAAAAUAUUAAGUGUUUAAGGAUCUCAGUCGAGAAAGUACCAUUUUUUGCUAACAAAAUGUUUAAUUCUUGCCGACAAUUACCGAUUAACUCGUGUUCCUGAUUUCCCUUAACGUGCCAUUACAUAGAUAAAAUUGUUGUCGAAGCUUCAGCGAAGCACUUGCGAGGGGUUUGCGGUGACACUUUAGAUUCGUAUACAGGAACUAACUAUGAAGUGAGUAUUAACUAAACUUACUGAAUUUAAAGUGUCUUUGAUCUAGUGUUGUAAAGCUGCAGUAAAAACCAACUGGCCAAUUAACAGAAAAAAAAACCAUUAAGAGAAAGUAUAAAUAACACAGCAAAAUACAAAAGGAGGCGCGAUAGAACAAACUUGAAGAAGAUUGAAACGGAUUGCAAUUGUGGUUUUUGAAAACUUGUUAGCCUAACAGUUUUUCAAAGUUCAGUUUUUUGUUGUUUGUAACGAUUGAUAUAAUUCUUGGGAGGCAUAUUUGUUUGGCGUGAAGCUGUGAUUUUAAGCAAACAAGGACGUUUAGUUGAUGACAGACCCUUUACUGAAGUGGUACUCAAAGUACCAGUGAAAACUGCGUACCGUUACACGGGAUCAAAGAAAACCAAAACAUGGGAAUAGAUGUAUCUAUUAACCGGAUUUUUUAAUGAACGUUACCGCCAAAUAGACCGCUUCCGUCAAGCAGUUUUUCUUCAAAGUUUUUUUUUUUCUCCAAAGUAGCUCAGUCAUAGCUAGUGAGAGAAGCGUACAUUAACGUGAAUAUUCGUGGGAACGAUGAAGUUUCGUAUAAAGGAUGUUAUAUUAUUAAACUAGUAAUAACCAAAGGCUAGGAAGUGCGGGCGACAACGAUAGGAGGUCCAAACGUUUUUGCUCCAUAUGCGUAAUAACAACCUGCCGAUUAUGACUGCAGGCUCCUCUUGGACAUCGCCCGCAAUAACUAGUAGUAAUCAUAGAUCAAUGUAUGCGUUCACGUUUUCUUCGAUUUACCAUGAAACAUUAUCGUGCAGAAAUGGUCACCUUACAGUGUAAUCACCCUGAAAGGAAAUCAAUACAGUGUACCACAGGAUUGCCAAGAAAAGGAAUUGCGUUCUCCUAACGUCCAACGCAAAUAGCGAAGGUGCCUCGCGUUUGUGUAACGUAGAGCAUUCAAGAGCUCUCUCACAAACCUCGUUUGACUUUGAGCUCACAAAACAAUCUUAUACUACUUAUGAUACAGGUCAGGAUUGAUGAUUGUAUAAAGGCACUUAAGGAGUACGUGGAACUGGGAAAGACAUUUGAUUAUGUGAUCAAUGAUCUUACAGACAUACCAAUAAAUGUCUCUUUACAAGGUGAGUGCAACAUUUAAGCCACACAGGAACGCAUUUGAACCAAACGCUUUCAAACAGGCCAUAUUUGGUUUUCGGUGAGUGGAGAAGCUAUAGGGAAUGGGGCAUUUUAGCCCGCGAACAAGCUCUAGUCAGAAUGCUGCUCAACACCUGUUUAAGUGCAACUUUAUUCUAAAUCUCUACUUUUAGCGCUUUUCUGUACAUCUCUAGAACGGCUCGACAGAAUUGUUUUUAGACCUCAUUACAUAAUCUUCACGAUGUAUAUAUUAAUGUCUGUACCUUUCAUUAAGAUUGAUUCAAAUCCGCGUUUUUACUUUAUGCUAAUUUUUCCAAAUUAAUGCGCACCAUAUAUACCUCCAUGACUAGUACGUUUCAGUUUGAAUUUUAUUGCAUCUUUUGAAUGUAAAACAUUGACAAUAUUCACACUGAAAUAAACAAGUCAUGGAGGAAUGUAUGGUGCGCAUUAAUUUGGAAAAAGUUAGCAUAAAGUCAAAACACAGAUUCAUUUUCGCGCUGAAGGCGCGCAUCUCCAUCGUGAAAGCCAGUCGCUUAAAAAAAUAAUUCAUCAACAGUUCCGUUGUCAUUGUUGUUGUUGUUGUUGCUGUUUUUGUACGUUUGACAGAAAGUUCAGAGCAUGAACCAAUCGUCAUGUGCAGGGGCGUAGCUAAGACUUUUCAAAGAGGGAGGGGGAAAUGUAACAUUGUGACACACCCAGGGUACUCAUCGUAUCGUCUUCUCGACGUCUUUGCAGUGUUUUUAGAAAAGUGACAUUUUUUCGGAUGAGCAGCGAGCGUGAGAGGAGGGAAAAGCCUACGGGAUAGCUGCAUAGACGACUUUCGGAGCGAGAAGAACCGAAUAUGUUGUUUAUACAAGGAUGCUGACGAAAAUACUUUGAUACGAAAAAAUAUUCAACAAAGUUAGCCUUCAAACGAUGGUUUCUGCGAAAGGGAUACCCCUUCUGACAACAGAAAGGGUAAGGGGGUAAAGGGCUCCGAAGCCACGCCCCUGACCUAUCAAUUAAAGUCAAUUAUCAUUCGACGCAAAUAUAUCUUCCUUUUCAUUGGCCGAGAGCCCACCACAUGACCUGCAAAUAACUGCCUACAGAUAAUGGUCUGCUCAUGCGCAAUGUCGUCCAACUCUGUGUGACUGCAAGUCAUACUCUGCUCAUACGUAAAUAAAACCACACUUUUCUCUCUCUUGCUAUCGCUGUUGCGUGAAAAUGGCAGAUCGCUUCACAAGUAAUCAAAAACAAACUCGAUGAUCAACUAUUUGCCUCGGCCUUCUGCUGCUAAAUUCUUAGAAAUAAUAUCCCAUCAAGGCGUCUGGGAUAUAUUCUUGCACUUUGUACUUUCCCGUACAGGGGCACUUGUCCCUAAUCUCUACCACGAUGUGCAAAAAAACACACGUGUUUUUGCCGAUAUUUGCCAAGGAGAACAGGAUGAAUGAAGAUUAAUAUUCAAAGCGCGACUGUAGAUUGUGUUUUUUUAACCUAUCACAGUCGACCUGAACGCUCUUCAAAGCACAAGUCAUAUCAAAUAUGCGCUUGAAAUUAACCCCAAUUAUUUAUUUUUGGAGCAUGUCACGAACUUUCGGGUCAGCAAAAACAACACCAAUAACAAUCUAGACUACAGUCGAAGUUCUCCUUGCGACCACUCUCGUAAACGACCAGCUCUAGCUAGUUACCACCACCUUUGUGAAACCCCGUUUGAACUGUGACUUCAACUUAUAAUGAAAAGCUCUAGUAAGUGACCGCGACCACUUUUGGUAUUAGCCAACUGGACUUUUCCUUUGUUUUUAAGCUCUCGCAAGCAACCGCGCAGAUUUUUAUUCAUAUAAAUCAAAACUUUAAUGAAACUGCACACUAAGCUAAUGGUUCUAAUGCUGUGAUUUGGGUUUAUUUUGGUCUAAAAAUUUGGACGUAAAGUUUAACCUUGUCUAUAUCAGAUAUAAAGACACUCAUUAAACCUUUCAAAAAUUUUCCUUUGUUUUUUCCUUUAUGGAUAUUUUGAGUUUUUGAAGCUCUCGUAAGCGACCAACCCCUAUUGUUUUAACUUGCCGUCGCUUACGAGAGCUCAUUCUCGUAAGCGAUUAGCUCUAAUUACGAACACUUUUUAGAAUUUCUGAGGUGGUCACUUACGAGAGCUUCGACUGCAUUAUCAACAGACAUCGCGUAGAUAGGUAACAUAAAGAACUUAAAUAAGACAGAUAAAAAAAAAGUUUAAAAGUGUCACAGCAGUCUUGACUUUUCCUUUUCGUUUUCUCUCCUCUUCUUUCAUUAGUAGGCUUCAUUUUGGUGGGAAAUGUUUAGCAAAAGGUUUUGAAGUUUAUGAAGGGAAAUCUAGGUGGGUAGUGAAACAAGAUUUUCAUGAAAAAAACUUUCUUACAAUUUCUUUUAGAUUCUAACUGGGAUUUUGUUCGGGAAAUAUCAAACCUGGCACUUCAAGUCUUAGAACCAGGAGGAAAAUUUUACUCCCAGGUAAGAUGGAAUACCAGAUAACAAUAGUUUGCUCAAUGUCGCUCACCCUGCCAUCAGCAGAGCCUUUAUUUCGCUUGUUCGAUUUUACCGUACUCGCGAAAGAAUCUGCAUGAAUCGAGUGAGAUCUUUCUUGAGCAUGCGCGGCAUGUUGCUAGGAUACAGUUUCGAACCUAGGCCUAAUAGCCCUGCGCAUGGUAUGACCAUCAGUUAUGACCAUCAAUAAACGGAUGCUCUCACUCGAAAAACCAGUUUCACGAGAGAAAACGAGUUUGACCUAGUCCAGAAGUUUGGGCUGCAGCCAGUUCAAAGGCUUGACGCAAUUAAGGACGAGCCUCCUUUUCUCUCCUCCUCGACCAAGAAGAAGACAAAAGUAGCCUCUGUUCGCAGGGUGAAUGCCGCACUGUUGAGCUAAAUCGUGCGUAGUGGACAGUCCAUUUACUCUUAAUAGUGGCCAGAGAAGAAAAUUCGCAAAAAAAAUUCUUGUUGUAAACUACAAUAUCCUGUGGACAUUGAUUUAUCCUUUGCGGUGGAUAGCGCUAUGUACUAUUUAAAAAACGAGCAGGAGUGUAUUACAACUUGAGCCAGGUGCAUAUCAUAAUUGUGGGGUUAACUUUGUAACUGAAUGUCAUCCCAUUUUAAAAAGGUAUCAUCCAAUAAUCUAUUUUAUUUUCGAAAUUUGCAAUUUUUAGACGAUUAGAUAGGGCCCAUCGAGAACUUGUUUUUUUAAAAAAUCCCAGCAAAAGGUUUGUCAUAUGCUAAUAAUGUUCAUUAAGAAAAAUCUAUGUCCCUGUUUUCUCGCAGUGUAGUUCCAGAAAAUAUCCAUACCCCCCUCCCCACACAGAGGGCUCUUUUGCCUUAGACCCCCACCCCCCUGGAAUCUCCAUUCCAGGGGGUGCUUGGAAUUCCUGUAAUUUUUCAGCUUGGUUUGAUACCCUCUGGAAAGAAUAUUUGUGUCAAAAAUGUUGUUGCACGAUAUUAUAAUUUUUCCUGGGAUAAAAUGAAAAAAUCUAUAUUUUCAUUCAUGUUAGUAUGGUGUCUAAUAAUCUCAAGGACGUUCUUUGUUAACAAUCAGCUAUAGAGGCGAUGCCUUGCACAGACCACACGAAUAAUGUCAUCUUCAAAAGAAUCAGUUACAUUCAAACUAAACACCACUUGAACUUUGGAUAAUUCGCGUCAGACAGAUAGUACGUCUUAAUUUGAAAAUGGAACGGUCUUAAUUUUGGAUAGACAAUCCGCCUGACUUUAUCCAUCUCUUUUUCCGUCAAUUUUGACGCGUGAAAACGGUCAAUGCGAUCUCCGUCGGUUUCUUCCAUUUAGUUUUGGCUGGCGUAGUCUUAAACUUGCAGGUACAUAUACUGAAACGCGUUUACAUUUUGGAUUUUCUAAGGGAAAUCAGCCGUAAUCUGGAACUAUUAAGCUUUCAGAAAUUGAACGGUUUGUAGGGGUAUCUUAUAAAACUACAACCCCUAGCGCGAUACACGCGAGGACUGGCCUACUGUAGGUGAUGCGUAGCUGAAAUCGGUUAAACUCCGGCCUCGUUGUACGCCCCUUCCCCCCCCACCCCCCCCCUCUUUUGGGUUCGUUUUCUCCUUUCUUAACUGGCGAGGAAAUGUGAGUUAACGGUAGUCUACAUUGAACCGUUGGUAACGUACUGCUUUUUUCAGGGUACAAAUGGUUCUAUGUGCAAAAAGGAGAUAGAACAAUAUGAAGACAACCUCAGGAACCUUUGCUUCCCAGUUGAGUUUAGAAGGGAAUUUGCUUUUGUUCCAUCGUUCCAGGAAAGGUAUCCUUUGGAAACUUUGUCUCGUAGUAAAACAAACAAUUUUUUCUUUUUCUUUACGUGGAAGGUUUAUUCAAUAGAGAGGAGAAGUGUGUCGUCAGCAACGAGAACAACAAAAAAGCAAUAGGUAUAUAUUAGCAAAACAACAACUUUGCACAUGCAUCAUGCUUUUUCUACAUUUCUUUGCCGUCGUUGCACGACUGCGACAUGAAAAUUACUAAUUUCACGCGCCCGCUUUAUGGAGUAGGUGAACACAACAAAAAAAACUUUAAAACUUAGAUAAGGUCCUUUCAGAUAAAAAAGACAAAUAAAAAAGAAAUUGAAUAAGGUCGAUGAAAUUUGAAACCGUUCGAAUUCACUUUUUAAGGGACGUUUUUGUUUUGUUGUCAUCCAAAAAUUUUGCUACGAUAGCAACGUGACGUAACGAAUUCUCCUCUCUAUUAAAGCAGUUUGUUUGGUGGCAUUUGAUAAAAAGGUGCUUUUUGUUCGAGUUCCAUAACCUUGCGAAACCGGCGUAGUCACGCUGUCCAAUCAGAAUGGGUCGGUGGCCAAUCCAAUUAGCCAAUUGUGUAGCGGCCAAAGAAGGCGGGAAAAGUCAUGUUUCCUAAAUGACCACACUUUGGUUCUACUUCUGAUUGGUCAAAAAUAUAGCUCGGCAUUUAUUAGCCAAUCACAAGGCUGUCCUUUCUUUUCUUUUCUCUUUGCUUUUUGUCUUAUAUUCUGUUUCAUCCUUGACACGGGUGUUUAUCAGCUGGACUUUCUAUGAAGUUUGGAGAAAGUAAACAGGAGCAUGACUACAGUUAACAAACCAAAACACAAUCUGGAUGCAAAUCUUUUAGAUUACUUAGUUAGUGUCAAUAGAACUGAAUAGUUAAGCCUGGUUCACUAUUGUGCGAUAAGUAUUUUUCUUACGCUGGGUCUUGCUUGAUUAUUAUGCUAAGAGCUGUGCUUGUGCAUUUGUCAAGCCGGUUCUCACUCGAUUUUUGUUAUGCUUAAUCUCGUGCCCAGACCUGUUUUAGACGAAGAGAUCUGGGUACGAGGUUUUGUUAUGCUUGGACUUGGUUCCUAUAGUUUUAAUCCCGUUAUACCAAACCUGUUCUCUAUUGAUUUUUCUGUCAUAUAUACGUACUGUUGGGUCCAAUUAUCUUUCUUAGUGUGGCUGGCAGGAUUCAGCGUGCGUGAGUGUUUUAUCUUUUUUCUGCAUACAAAAGCUAGUGUGAACAAGAAAGAAUCUCUCUUGGUGUGGCUGUUUAGUAUUAACUGGUAGUUAAUAAUUGUUACUCCAGAUGUAGUAUUUUUUUUAAUGCAUCACGAUCAUCAUGUGGAACAGUUGUCCAUGUUUGAACUUUUCAGUAUCAGUGUUCUUCCAUGCGAGAUGGGCAAAUGGCGGAUACAACCGGAACAGGUAGAAAAAAAUACUUACAAGCUAAAAAACCAAACAUGCACACAUGGCGUUCCCAAAGAACUUACUUGAAAAGCAGUACCUCACCCGUCUCCCCUAUCCUCCCUUUCCUUCCCUUUUCUAAUGGUUCGUCCCUAAGUUGCGCGCAUAAAUACAAUUGUCAAUUAAAAUUUGUUACAGAUUGACUUUAUCUUACCACUCUUCACUUUAUUUUCAGCUUUUGUGCAUAUUUUAUACGUUUUAUCAGGUGUGCUGUAGGGCCACUGAACUGCCCUUAAGGCAACAUUGCUAAGUAUAGUACUUGGCUAUUUAAAACUGCUUAGCCUAAUGAAAUUUCAUCACAGAAAAUCCACCGGAAAAUUCCACAGGGCGCAGAGGAGUUAUUUGUGACCUUGGUUGUAGUUUAAUUUUAUGUUCCGCGAAUCGCCUUCGUUUUACUGUAGAAUCGAGCACAACGUCAUGCGAUCGUGUAACAAACCUGGUAAAAUGUUAUUCAGUGCUCCGGAAAACCGCUGAAGGAAAUGACUGCGGGCGAAUAACAGUGGCUAAGGUAUUAUAAAGUGAGUCUCUUUUUCUUCUCGGCACUCCGUGCCCUUCUCGGAAAGGUUCGCUUUCUCAAUGCGUCGUCCGUCGGACGACGUUCGUUCCCACCGAGCAUUGUAUAAU